GUCUUUACGCAAGAAAUCAUCUACGAAAUGACUCACUCCUUGACAUCACCCCCAUCACAGUAUAGCCGCCCCCCAAUGUCCUCGUCACCCCUCAACCCUUUCUCGCACCCCCCGUCUGUCCCAGAUCCGCAGCAAUCCAGACAUGCCCCAAGUUCGUCGCCUCCAGCCAACCCCAUGUCCUCUCCUACCCCAUUUUUCCGGCCUUCUCCAGGUAGACUGGGAAGUAAUUCGGGUCCGGGGUUGGGGAAAGGAAAGCUGUCUACUCGCUAUACCAGACCAGCGCGAAAAUCACUACCCUCCGCUUUGCCAUCGUACAGUCCGGCGGGUCCUAGCAAUGGGGACCUCUUUUCGGAAGGUACCACUCCUCUCGAGGGAGCAAUGUGGCGAGAACGGUUUACUCGGCGGAUGGACGAGAGAACAAGAAGAAAAGAGGCGAAAGAGAGGAAUUUAGAGAUGCGGAGAGGCAUAGGACGACCGUUAUUCACAGACGACAUUGAGGAGGAUGAAGACGAGCUGGAGAGAAAGGCGAAAGAAGAUGAUGAUGAAAUAUACAGACGGAUCACGAUACUUCAACGCAAAAAAGCCAUCCACGCCCAGCUGGUCAACGAAGAAUACGAAACUGGCGGCUCGGAUCCCAGUCUGCCAGACUUUUGGGAAGACGAGCUGGAGCAAAUGCAGAAAGAGGAGAGAGACCUUAUACGGCGCUUGGAGGCGGGUAUUCCAGAGGGGAUUGAGGAUGAAGAGGAGGUACCAGAAGAGCUAGUGCGAGAGGCGGAGGAGAUCGACAUGGGCGAAAGACGUGGGAUGAACAUGUACGCAGCGGUAGAGGAGGAUGAUUGGGAUAUGGAUGUCACAUGGGAGGAGAUGGAGGUCGCAAGGAAGGUAGAAGAAGAGGCCUUUGGUGCCAGUGGGAACUUGCGACGGUCAGACGGGGACGGGAUGGAUGUAGACUAAACUUGGAUACGCCUGGGGCUGCUGGGUUCCUUGAUGCUUGUACUUGUACAAUCCAGUUGUAUAUAAUGUUGUAAUGAUAUUGAGAUGUAUCACUCAGCUUUUCAGGUCCCGAGUUGAUAAAUGGCUGUAGAACAGGACACGACAUGGUGAACCUGGGAACGGGGAAACUGAAAU